CUCUCUCUCACUCUAUCUCUCUCUCUCUCUCAUCACAAUCACACUCUUCACUGGACAGAUCUCUCGGAAGCAACAAUGUCGCCUCCCCUCUGCUGAUCUCUCACAACAGUAGACGCAGAAUGGAACACACUAUGCACUCUGUCUCUCUUUAAUAAAUAUAUAUACAGAUAUAUGUAUUGAUUUUGGUAUAUAUACAUAGAUAUCUAGGGCUACCAUUUUUAAUAUACUAUAUGUAGAUCGUAGCUUUUUCUCAAUCUGGAAGGAGAGAGAAAUCGGGUGGGGCAGGGCACGCGAUGGGGGGUUACUACUUGUGGUCAUCAUCAGCUUUCGAUUCGAAGUCGGGCCAACUGAUUUUGGUGGCUCUCUUGGUAAUGAUUGCCUCUUUCUAUACGGGCACUCUCUUCGGCACCAAUUCGUCUCUUUAUAGUACUAUCUCACUCCUUCCCUCCAACUCUUCUUCAUCAUCACCGCCUUCCCCUGGUGUUCCAACUUUUACAAACGGAGUUGGUCUUUCGUAUAGGAGAAUACCUCUAACAAUCCCAGACACUGGGAUGGACAUUUGCCCUUUGGUAUUCAAUGAGUAUAUCCCAUGCCAUAAUGUUACUUACGUGAAAGAAUUGCUUCCAAAGCUAGAUCUUUCAAGGAGAGAAGAACUAGAGAGGCAUUGCCCUCCCCUUGAAAGACGUUUGUUUUGCUUGGUGCCACCACCAGAAGAUUACAAGAUACCAAUAAGAUGGCCAACUAGUAGGGACUAUGUUUGGCGCAGCAAUGUGAAUCACACGCGCCUUGCUGAGGUAAAAGGAGGACAAAAUUGGGUGCAUGAGAAGGAUAAAUUAUGGUGGUUUCCUGGUGGUGGUACUCAUUUCAAACAUGGGGCUUCUGAGUACAUCGAGAGGUUAGGAAAGAUGAUUACUAAUGAAGAUGGCGAUCUGCGUUCUGCUGGGGUGUUCCAAAUUUUGGACGUGGGUUGUGGGGUUGCUAGCUUCUCAGCUUAUCUUCUUCCAUUAAAUAUACAAACAAUGUCCUUUGCUCCCAUAGAUAGCCAUGAAAAUCAAAUUCAAUUUGCCUUGGAGCGAGGAAUUGCUGCAAUGAUUUCUUCUUUAGCCACAAAGCAACUACCAUAUCCCAGUAGCUCUUUUGAAAUGGUUCAUUGUUCGAGGUGUCGUGUUGAUUGGCAUAAAAAUGACGGUAUUCUGCUCAAAGAAGUGAAUCGCCUCCUGCGAUCAAAUGGGUAUUUUGUCUAUUCAGCUCCACCAGCGUAUAGACAGGAGAAGGAUUUUCCACUCAUAUGGGAUAAGUUGACGAAUUUGACUUCUGCAAUGUGCUGGAAGCUCAUUUCUCGGAAAGUCCAGACUGCAAUAUGGAUUAAGCCAGAAAACCAGUCCUGUCUUCUUCAUAAUGCAGAGCAGAAGCUCAUAAAUAUAUGUGAUUCGGUUGAUGAUUCUAAUCUGUCGUGGAACACUCCACUUAGGGACUGUAUAACUCUAAGUAAAGCACAAUCUCAUUCUCACAAUCUCCCUCCAAGGCCACAACGCCUUUCUGAAUAUUCCAGAACACUCAGUAGUGUAGGUAUCAAUCAAGAAAAGUUCAUUUCGGAUACCCUUUAUUGGCAAGAUCAAGUUCGCCAUUAUUGGAGGUUGAUGAAUACCGAUGAGACAGAAGUACGAAAUGUCAUGGACAUGAAUGCUUUUUGUGGAGGAUUUGCAGUUGCUUUGAGUACAUGGCCUGUUUGGGUAAUGAAUAUUGUUCCUAAAAGCAUGAACAAUACUUUAUCUGCCAUUUAUGACCGAGGUCUGAUCGGUGCUUUUCAUGACUGGUGCGAACCAUUCUCAACUUAUCCACGCUCAUAUGAUUUGUUGCAUGCUAACCAUCUAUUCUCUCACUAUAAAAACCGAGAAGAAGGUUGCUUGCUUGAGGACAUUAUGUUGGAGAUGGACCGGAUAAUACGACCUCAGGGGACAAUCAUAAUUAGAGAUGAAGAAUCAAUUAUAUCAAGAAUACAAGCUCUUGCUCCCAAGUUUCUUUGGGAUGUCGAAUCACAUUUGCUGGAAAAUGAACAAAAGACUACAGAACCAGUAUUAAUUUGUAGAAAGAAGUUUUGGGCGAUCCUUUAAGGAAUGCUACUGUUUAAAGCUUCACAAAUACAGGUUUUUUUUUUUUUUUUUAAUUUCAACCCAAGCCAUAGUUAUCUUGUAUCACGAGGUUGCCAUCUGUUUCUCCUUUUCUCCUGCUCUGCCAUUGGCUGUAUUAUAAGAAUGGAAGUGGUAAGUUUCUUUAAUUCAUUUGUUUAUGUUUCAA